AUGUCGCACGAGUAUGAGCUCCUGCCUACAGAGGGAGCUUCCUCGGCGGCGACGACCCGCAGGCGGGCGCCCACGACGACUUCAAAACUUCUCUCGGUCUUGAAGCUGAGACAUUUUCGCCCGGUCCAGCUUUUGUACGCCCUACCCCCGCUGGUUCUCCUUGUCUUUGCUGUCGACUAUCUGCAGAAGGGCGAGGCUCCUGGUCUACGAUACGACACAGCCGGUCUGGCGUAUCUGGACGUAGUGUCUCAGCGCGGAGAACAUCCCAUCCUCCGGUUGAUAGCUCGGGGGAGAAGACUCGCCGCCGAGCUGGAAGAAAAGCAGGGACGAAUCCUCUCUCUGCAGGAUGCAGUGAACGACUAUAAAGAGGCGUUCGGGAUGAUGCCUCCGGAGGGAUUUGAGGGAUGGUACGACUUUGCCUUUUCCCAUGACUCGACCACAGCCCCCUCCCUCAUUCCCUUUGCGCACACCUCGGUCUUGCCGUACCUCUCACUACCGCCCCGCCUCCUCGAACGUCGAGCUAUCGAGCAGCAGAAUCAGCGGGGAGUGUUUGGAAUGACAUUCCAUCCUGAGGAGAAGGAGAAGAUUGACCAGAUUGGGAUCACAAACGAGGACGACGUGACGGGGUACAUGUCGCCUAGGUGGGACUAUCCCCUACUCCUCGAACCGGUGGUACCGCUUCUACCCCUCGCUCAGCAGCCCGACCGACCGAUGCAGAUCAGCACGUGCGUCAAGGACGGAUCGUGCAGGCUGUCUCAUGGCGAGUUGAUGGAGAUGUCACGGACGAAAGCGAGGGCGGGGGAAUUAUGGGACGAAGAAGAACUGGACAGGUUAGAGAAGGGGUAUAUCGAGAAGGAUGAGCUGGGAUGGCUGAUGACUUGCCCUCCUGGCUCUGUGUCAAACUCGUCCUCACCGCGAGCAGGAGACGUAUCAUUCGUAUCUGACUUUAUGGAGUAUAUGGACUUUUGCAAGCGCCCAGAAAUGGUCGAGCAGAACGGCGAGAUGAUCAUGGAGGACCAACACAUCAUGCGCCCUCUUGCUCCAAUACUAGCGGUCUCAAGACUGAUGCACGGGGCGGACAUGAUGGGCGUGCCUACUCGAGCACCCUGGGCCGACAAGAACCGCUCGCAAGUCGUCUGGCGGGGGACGAUCACCGGUAUCUUCCAUCGAGAGCGGUAUGACUGGCGUUCUUCCCAGCGCGAUCGGCUCGCGUUCCUUACCAGCAAUACAGCAGAUCCAGAGAAGAUUGAGCUGUUGGCGGAAGGGGAUGCCGGGCUCGAGAGGAAGGCGUAUACUAGAGGGGAGCUGGUCGAGCGGUGGAUGAACGUGGGGGUUGUGGACCAUGAUAUCGAUAAUAUGUGUGGGGUUGGGCCGACCGGCGAAGCCUGUCGACUCGACGGCAAGGAGACGAUCCCGUGCGAUAAUGAUGGUGCUUGCGAUCAGAUGAAGGCAGAGAUCAACUUUAAGGAGAUCAUGACCAAUGUUGACGCCUUGCCGUACAAGUACCGGUUCGAUAUAGACGGGUACGGCUGGUCAUCGCGCUUCAGGAAGCUCCUCUCCUCCAACAGCUUGAUCAUCAAGAGCACAGUCUAUCCUGAGUGGUGGUCGGCCCAAGCUAUUCCAUGGUAUCACUUCGUUCCGAUGAAAUACGACUACACCGACAUGUUCGAUAUCGUCUCCUUCUUUGACGGUCCGCCCGACGCUGGCGCACACCCCUCGCAAGGAAGGAAAUGGGUUCGAGAUGGCCUCGCAGAAGAGAUCGCGGAGAAUGGGCGCAAGUUUGCGAUGGAGCGAAUGAGAUGGGUCGACAUGCAGAGCUACAUGUAUCUGUUCCUGCUUGAGUAUCGGAGAGCUUGGUCCCUUGACCGAGAAGCGGCGACUUAUAGACCAUAG